AGUAAUAAAUCCUACAUUUAUCUUUGAAUAUUGUUACAUAUUUUCUAAUUAUGGUGUAUAGUUAAGUUAAUCAGUUUACCUGGUACAGGUACAGCAAUUUUUGGACGACCCUAUAUAAAUAAAAUCAAAGUUAUCAGUAGGAAUAAGUAUUGAUAAGUAUAUCGAAUAUAAUCUACUACUUCGACUGCUUGUAUAGGGUCGACUUUUUAUCUAAUAUCAAAAUUAUUUAAAUUUAUAUAACAAAUUAAUAAAAUGAGUUCCGAGAGAUGCGUGCAAGUACUAGAUGGGGAAUUGAAUACAUAUUCCGUUAUUAAAAAGAUUACUGAAUUACCUAAUCAAGAAGAUCCAUUUUAUGUAUGUGACGUUAGUAAAUUAAUUUGGUUAUACAAUAAUUGGAAAGCGCUGUUACCAAGAGUUGAAUUUUUUUACGCUAUGAAAUGCAAUGAUUACAAAUUGGUAUUGGAAACAUUCGCAGCGAUUGGUAGCGGCUUUGAUUGUGCUAGUGAUGAAGAAAUAAGAAAAAUCCUAGCUCUUAAUGUACAUCCUGAUAAAAUCAUUUUUGCUAAUCCUACGAAGCUAAUCCAUCACAUUGAAUACGCGGCUAAAGUUGGAGUAAAGACUAUGACUUUUGAUAGCCUAGAAGAAUUAAACAAAAUUAAAAAGCAUCAUCCCGAAGCUGAAUUACUCAUAAGGAUUCGAUGCGAUGACGUAUCCGCCAAAUACGUAUUGGGUAAAAAAUUCGGGGCACUACCAAAUGAAGACUCCUUGGAUCUUUUGAAAGCUGCAAAAUCGUUAAAUCUGAAUGUUAUUGGUGUAGCUUUCCACGUGGGAUCGGGUUGUAUGAAUUAUGGCAUAUAUUAUGAAGCUAUAGCUGCAGCACGAAAAGUAUUUGAUAUGGGUAGGGAAUUAGGAUUCAAAUUCAAAAUAUUAGAUAUUGGUGGUGGAUAUCCCGGAGACAGUAAAAAACCGUUGAAUCAGAUAGCAGAUCUCAUAAAUAGAGGCCUGAAUGAAUACUUUCCUGAUAAUUCAAUUAGAGUUAUAGCUGAACCAGGUAAAUACGCCGUUAAUACUGCGUUUAAAUUGGUAACACAAAUUAAUUCGAAAAAUAUUAUACGCUCAAUUAAAGGCGAUAUUAGAAUGUAUUACGUCGAUGUAAGUGUCUAUAACUCGAUGAUCAACGUUCUUUUCAAUGAUUAUUAUGAUUGUCGACCGGUUAAUGAGAUGGAUAACGAAAAGUUACAUCCCAGCAUAAUUUGGGGUCCAACACAUGAAUCCAACGACAGACUAUCUGAAACAUAUCACUACCUGCCAGAUUUGAAAAUUGGUGAUUGGGUGAUUUUAGAAGAAAUAGGCGGUUACAGUUUAUGUAUUAGUUGUGGUUACAACGGAUUUCCCAUACCUAAUGUAUGUGGAGUAGUUAAUAAAAAAGAUUGGUUGUUACUAGCCGAAACUGUGACGAAUCCUGUACCAAAAAUAAGAUUCACAACGUCUAUAGAGUAUUUUUUAAAAAACUUGGAGCUUAGUUCAUAUACUUUCACCAGAUAUUUUUAGCUAACAACUGAAUUGUUUAAAAAAAGUGUGUUAUAUUAAUAAAUAUCAUUGUAAGAG